UCUAGGUUAACCUCAUCCCCAACCUCGAAACUCCAAGGGCAGGACAAACCAUCUCGCUUUCUGGCACUAACCAACGUGAUGCGCCAUACGUCUGCCUCAUGAGUGCAUUACUAUUCUAGCUGUGCAAUUACCAGGCGCUGCUUCUCGCCACAGGCCGAACAAUGGAGCUCGACGAAUCGUUGGGAAACCGGAAGCGAUCCUUCGCCGAGCACGACCAAACCGCAGAGUCCGAGGCCGCCUACAAGAAGCGCCGCACUGAUGGCGAGAACGCAGACGUGCCGGCGCCGGGCGCCCUGAGCAGCUUCGCCUCGGCCAUCUCGGGCGUCUUUGGCUACGGCAGAAAGGCUGCGCCUGCAGAGACGACGGCGCAGGCGCAGCAGCAACAGCCGCUGUCCACGACGUCGGCGAACAAGGCCCGGCCCGCGAUCAAGCUUGCGGCGCUGCUGGGGACGAAAUGGGACACUGGGGAUGCGCCGCCGAAAAGGGGGAGAGGGGGCAGGCGCAAGGUGAUUCCCGUGCGCGACGCAACCUUUGUGACGCCGACGGAACCGGCGCCGCCGCCUUCAGGCAGAGGGAGAGGCAGGGGGAGAGGCAGGGGGAGCAGAGGCGGGAGAGGCAGCAGAGGAGGCCGUGGGAGGGGCGGCGCCAGAGGCAGGCAGAGGAAAGACAAGGACGAGGAGGACGAGGAGGAGGACGACAAAGAGAGCAUCGACGUGAUUGCUGAGGAGACCGAGCUGGAAGGUGUCGAUGUGCCUCACGAAUCGCCUUCGACGGUGCGCUCGAUCAAGCGUCUCGACCUGGUGCCGCUUUCGAACGGCUUGCUGGACAAUACGGCGGACGAACUUUCGACGAACGAAUACCCUACCGUCGGCCCUCUGAGCAACCGGAGCCUGAACCUCACUCAGAGGCUGGUGGAAUCGACUGGCUCGGCGGCGUCGACGCCCAAGGGCAUAUUAUCGCCGACGAAGAAACGAGGGCCUCGGCCACCGAAGAAUGUGUCCUUCGACAACAGCGACGAUGCCAAGGUCUCUACUGAGGUCUACUUCGAGGACCUGCCCAAGGAGCCCAGCGCCCGAAAGAAGCCCGGACGGAAGCCCAAGCAGGCCGAGCCCGUCGCCCUCGCCUCGGACGAGAUUGUGUGCGGCGUGUGCUCUAGUCCGGAAUCUGAAGCGCCCAACGAGAUCAUCCUGUGCGACAACUGCGACUUUGCCGUCCACCAAAUGUGCUACGGGGUGCGUGAGAUUCCAGAGGGCGAUUGGCUGUGCAAGUCGUGCGCGCAGGAAGAUGCGUUAGGCUUGGCGAAGAAGCCGACCGAGGAGGGUUCCGAAGAGACCGCUGAUGCUGCGGUAGCGGCUCCUGUCGUUGAGGUGCCGGACAUUCCCAACCUGGACUUCCACUUGCGCGCCCUGCAGAGGGUUCUGCUGGAUCGGUGUACCGGCCGGAGGUCGAUUCGCAUGUUUGGCCAGCAGGACCAGUACGAGAAGGCGCAUCAGCUUAUCGAGCAGACUGUUGUGGCGGGCGAGGGAAACUCCAUGCUCCUCAUUGGGCCGAGGGGGUGUGGAAAGACGACGAUGAUCAACAACAUUGUCAAGGACAUGUCGCGGGAGCAUCGUCAGGACUUUCACAUUGUUAGGCUCAAUGGGUUCAUUCACACAGACGACAAACUGGCGCUCAAGGAGAUCUGGCGGCAGCUUGGCAAGAAGAUGCAGGUUGACGACGACUUGCUGACGCGGGUGAGUUCCAACUAUGCGGAUACCAUGGCAUCGUUAUUGGCACUGCUGUCCCAUCCCUCGGAAAUCAUAGGACAGGACGAGGGUGUCACCUCGCAAUCCGUCAUCUUCAUCAUUGACGAGUUCGAUCUGUUUGCGACUCAUCCCAGACAGACUCUUCUGUACAAUUUGUUUGACAUUGCGCAGUCGCGAAAGGCGCCCAUUGCGGUCCUGGGGUGCACGACGCGCCUCGACGUGGUGGAGAUGCUCGAGAAGAGGGUCAAGAGCCGCUUCAGCCACCGAUACAUUUACUUGUCGCUGCCCAAGAACUUGGCGGCCUUUGGGCAAGUCUGCCGGCAGGGGCUCAUGCUCGGGGAUGUUGAGCCGGAAGAAGAAGGGUUGGACCGGAGCGUCGAGGGAUUCACCGAGUUCCAGGCGUAUUGGGAUCACAAGAUCGUACAGGAUCUCUACAAGCAGCGAGCAUUCCAGGAUCUGCUGCAGUACCACUACUACACGACCAAGUCGCCGUCGGCCUUCUUCAACGAGUGGAUCUUACCACUGUCAUGGCUCACGGCGGGCAACCCAAACCUCAAGAUCCCAGCCGUCGGCCCGGAGCUGACGUCGCUGGCGCCGCCCGACUCGCGGCUGCACCUGCUGUCGACGCUGUCGGAGCUCGACCUCGGGCUGCUGAUUGCCGCGGCGCGGCUGGACAUUGUGGCCGACACGGACACGGUCAACUUCGCCAUGGCGUACGACGAGUACAGCGCGCUGGCCGGGCGGCAGCGCGUGCAGUCGGCGACGGCGGGGAUGCUGGCGCAGGGCGGCAACGCGAGGGUCUGGGGCCGCGGCGUGGCGGCCGUCGCGUGGGAGCGGCUGGUGACGCUGGGCCUGCUGGUGCCGGCGGGCGCGGGCGCGGGCAGCAGGGGCCAGGGGCAGCAGCACGGGGGGCUCGAGGCCAAGAUGUGGCGGGUGGACGUUGCGCUCGAGGAGAUUCCGGUGGCGACGAAGCUGAGCAGCGUGCUGGCCAAGUGGUGCAAGGAGAUAUGAGUUUGUGCAGUUUCUAUUUGGUUUGGCAUU